UAGGAUGGCGGAGAAGGCACCUUUUGCUGUUCCCACCCGGAGUGACAAAACCUUGCUGUUGUGGGAGCUGAGCUCUGGACCCACGGCCGAGGCCUUGCAGCAUUCUCCGUUCACAGCCUUCUCCCAGUUUGGCCUCCUGUAUUCGUUCGGAGUCUUCCCAAACGCUGCGGUGGCCGGUCCUAGGUUCUGUGCCAUCAUCAAGUUUUAUUCGGCAAGGGAUGCCCACAGAGCCCAAAAGGCAUGCGACCAGAAGCAGCUUUUUCAGGCGUCUCCAAGUGAAGGUGGGUGCAAAUGCGGAAUUCCUUGCUCUACUGGGAUGGGUGCUGAAUUUAGAAAUAAUAGGCCAUGGGAAUUCCUUGGUGGUCCAGUGGUUAGGACUCUGCACUUUCACAUGGAGAAACUCGAACUCAGGAUGGUUAGGAAUCUUCACAACAAUCUUCCUUAUAUUUACUUUUAUAUGGAUGUUAAAUGUGUGUGCUUGACAGACUCUUUUGUCAGUUGCAGCAUGGAAGAGGCUUCUUCAUCAUCGCUCUCAAACUGCCUGUUCAGAACUCCCUUCACUUCCCAGAAAACGGUUCGUCUCGGCACCAGACGUAAGGCGGUUCAACACAAUGCCCUUGCCCUGAACAGCUCUAGAUGCCAAGAAUUGGCAAAUUACUACUUUGGUUUCAGUGGGUGGUCAAAGAGGAUCAUCAAGCUUCAGAAUCUUUCUAACCUUGAAGAAAGGGAAAAUGAAGAUCCUGUGGCACCACUUCAGAAGCAAAGCCUGAAGUUCUUCUGUGCUUUAGAGGUGGUGUUGCCAAACUAUGAGUGCAGGAGUCCUGGAGUUGGCAUGGCCGAGGAACCUUUGGAUAAGUUGGAGGAAGGGCCAUUAUCAUUGCUUAUGAAAAGGAAGGUGACCCAGAAGCUUGCUGUUCAGAAGGCUAUGACAGAUGCAAUCCAGAAACUGCUGAUUGUGGUUUUAGGUGAUGGAAAGGUGCAUAAAAAUAGGAUACUAAAGGCUGUGAAGUCUUUCAAAAGAGGAAAAGUUGACAGCAGCAACCUGAAACCACUUCUAGAAAAAAUGGACCUCAAACUCACUGAAAAAGAAUUUGAAGAGCUGAAAGAAAAUCUAUCUGUUGAUGGUAUGCAUAGUAGAUACCCUUGUCAGUCCCCAAAGGAAGUUUUGUCCAAGUCUUACAGCUGAGAAUUUCUAAAACUAGAUUUCGUUAGUGAUAAGAUAAAAGUUUAAAAUAUGAAGAUACCGUAAAAUUAGAAAAAAAGCUACCGAUGCCAACUAUUGCUACUAUCAUUCAACAUUGUUUUAAGGGUUCCAGCUACUUUAAUGAGGAAAUGGGAUGAAAUAAUAUUGGGAAAGGGAAACUAUAGUUUCAGAUGACAUGAUUGUGUAUCUAGGAAACACAAGCACACAAACUAAAAGAAAUCUGUGAGAAUUAUUGAGCCUUCGAUAAGCCAUUUUGGUUCAGGUGGCUUAAUACAAGAUAAAUAUGCAAAUCUCAGUGGCUUUCCCUAAGCUAGCAAUGACCAAAUAGAAAUAAAAUAGGAAAAGUAUUUGAUUUAUAACAUCAACAAAACCCAUGAAUUAUCUGGGAAUACAUUUUACAAGAAAUAGGAUCUGUAUAAAGAAAACUGUAAAAUCUUAUUAAGGAACAUAAAAUAAAACAUUAGUGUUCUUGAAUGGUAAACUAACGUACAGGAUCAGAUUGUUAAAUCAGACUGACAUGAAUCAGAGAUCUUAUCCAGCAUCAAGCUUCGCUAAAUAAUGUCAAGGAUAAAAGCCAUUAGAAAAUAAAUAGAGGUCUGAGAUGUCAAGAGCUCCAUAGUUUCUUCCUUCCCAUGUUGAACAUGCCACUCUGGUCCAGAAUAGAUGAAGUCUCUAUCAGUCACCUCACACAGCAGGAGCAUUUAAAUUAUGAAACAUUCCAGAAAGUUGUAUAGCCUUUGUGACAUUAUCCAGGGAGCCAUGCCUCAUAGAUCAUGGGUUCUAUUUGCUACCAAUAAUCCCUAGCCACAGACAUACUGCUAAGGGCAUUUCAAACAUAAAGACUCUUCCUCGUAGCAUAUAUCAUUAUUCUAUUUACCUGGAGGACCAAUUGACAAGGAUAUUAAACUGGGUCACCUUCCUUCUUUUCUUUUCACUGAGGGCAACUUCUCAGUGAAGGGAGUUAAUGGAUUAUAGACCACUUGCUUUAACUCUUUCCUCUCAGAUGGAAAAAUUUCUCUAGAUUUACUGAAAUAAAGAUAUCAAUUAUCCUAAAAUAAUAUGAGUAUAUACACAUAUAUAGUUUGUGUGUAUGUGUAUUUAUAUAUAUAUACGUAUAUAUUUUAUAUAAACUAUAAAAUUUUCAGAAUCCCAAUGGGAUUUUUAAAUCAAAGAAUAGUUGAUUCACAACAGUAUAUUUGUUUCAGGUGUACAACCUAGUGAUUCAACAUUUUUAUAGAUAUACUCUAUUUAAAUUUAUUAUAAAAUACUGGCUGUAAUCCCUGUGCUGUGCAUUACAUCCUUGUAUCUUAUUGAUUUUAUACCUAGUAGUAUGUAUCUCUUAAUCCCCUUCCCCUCUCUUGUCCCUCCCU